UUUACUCCCUCAACUUGUAGCUAUAGUGGCUAUAAACAUGUGGAUAUUUUUAUGAUCACCAUUGGCAAUUUUAAAGUCGCGGACAUGGACAUCAUUUCCCGCCUCAACAAGAAGAAUCACGAGGCCGCUGUUCGUGCCAGGCGCAUGAACAAGUCUGCCAGACGUCUUCUCGAUGACCGAAUUCACAAAAUAGAAGCUUCGCAAAAACAGAAGACGAAAUCUCUUGAUAGGAACACUGAGAGUGUUGCUACAAUCUUGCAGGAACUCUCCGAGACGGCCAGGAGUCGGUAUAGUGAUGGUACUGAUUCACCUAUAACCUGGGAUGAGGAUUUCUGCCUCCCGUCUUUCAGAGAUAAAACAACAGAAGACCCUAAAAUUCCUGACCAAACUGAAAAGAUAAAAGUAGUUAAAAGGAAUCUUGAGAAACGUGAAAAAACAGAAACACAUGUAAUAAAUCCCAAUAAAGAUUUGAACGAAAAACUAAAAACUGUUAAAUCACACAGUCACCGCCCGAAAUGGAAAUCCGAAAAAACCCAUGAAGAAGAACAAAGGUCGAAAAAUGACAUCACUGCGAUCUCGCAUUUUAAGCCGACUCCGUGUCGUUAUGUUCUCCGCAAGAAAGAAACGCCCUGCAUGUAUUUCCCCUGUCGCUUACCAGAGACGUACCACAGUAUCGGGUUUCAAUCACGGCCCGUGGAAUAUAACACACUGAGUAAUUACAAGGAACUAUCCCACAGAAGUCGAAUUGUGCUGCCCCUGAAACCUGCUCCGGUCAGCGGGAAUUAUAACGUUGCCGUUGAUAAGACAAUUGCUACGCCUCGAAUUAGCGUCAAAGACAGGAUUCGUGGUUUGAACCAAUAUGUGAAAGAAAUGAAGGCUAGAAACGAGAGGUCGAAACCCAAAGAUUGGGCAAUUCGAUACGGAGAACCGAUCCCUCGCCGCCUUUUGCUCAAAACCGUAGUUCCUGUGUAAAAUGAACUGAAGAAAAUUAAUACUGAACCAUUUUGUUUAAAAUCGAAUUGGUUAUUAUAGAAGUUGUUAUAGUGCUUUUUAUUAUAUUUAUAUAUCAUAUGUAAAACAAGACCUACUCGUUGAAAGGAUGUGUUUUUAACUGUUAAUCCCUAAAGGAGCU